UUAAUUCAGUGUUUUUUCACUGGCUAUUCAGCUCCGUGACCCAUUUAAUUAUCUAGUCAUUUUAAUGAUUAUGUUCGCAGGAAGAAAAUCCACAUAAUUAAAAGGCAUAAAUGGGACCCAAACUGCAUGGCAACCAAUUUUAAAAUCCCUGGCUAAGUUGGUCACACACCUUAGAUUCGUAAUGUACACAUCCCUAAGGCACUAGAAGUCUGGGAUCCCAGUUGUUUUGGAUCACAACGCACGGCUUGGUUCUCCAUAUUAGUUGCCAUUUAUCCGUUUAUAUCUUUAUCAUUGGGGGUCCUUGUUCUAUGGAGAUCCUGUGGGGAAUAUGAAACCCCCCAGCAUAUACAUCAGUGGCUUUAAUGGAGACUUGGAACUUCAGCUUUAGGGGAAUAACGCAUCUCUUUAAAUUGAGCACAAAGACUGACUUAUUUGCCCAUGUACUGGGCCCUCCUACGUGCCUAACUGACCAAUAUUUGGCCAAAAAUCAGACAGGUUUAGAAAUCCCCUUGGGAAGAGAAACGCAUUAGCUCUUUGAUACGGUCCCUAUCCUCAUGGCCUGCAUCCCAUCAAUGCGAUCUGAUCAUUUGGCAAGGUGGGGACAUCAGGGACAAGAUCAGCUGGAAGAGCCACAGCGGGUUAGAUGAAAGACAGCACAAAGAAGUGAAAGGAAAGAAACAUCACCCAAAGGAAGUUUCUCUCGCUGUUUAUGAAAACAAUGGAUGAUGAGGAUGAAGAAUUUAGCACUACAUUAGCAUACACCAAAAGCCCUAAAACAGCAAAAAGGACUUCCUUCCAGGAUGAAUUAAAAAGAGCAAUCAAUGCACGUGUUUCAAGACAGCAAGCAAUAGAAGAUCAUGAAAAUUCUGAAUACUCAGAGGAGUUUGACAGUGACGAUGAUAGCAUAGAUGAUUCAUUCAAAGAAGAAAAUCCAACUGAAUCCAAAAUUCAGAAGGCACCUUAUAAUUUUGAUUUCUCUGAUGAAGAGGAAGAUAAACCCCGGAAGAUAUCAUUUCUAAAGAGUAAAACCCAGUUAGAGAAAGUUGAAAAAGAACUAGAUAAUAAAAGAAUUUUAAAGAAUAAGGACUCUGCAGAUGGACUGCUAAAAUCAUUACUGUCAGAAGAUGGACAUAAAGACAAGGAAAGAACAGAUGAAAAAGAAAUAAAGCCAACUCCCAAGCCAAGGGAACCGAGGAUAAAAUCAAACAUUUCACAAAAUACUGAGAUGACAGCAACAAUUGAACCAAACAGACCAAUACCACAGAAGCGAAACCUUCUAAGAAAAAGCAGCCACACAGAUUUCAGACUUUCGGGUCAAGAUGACGAAAAAGACAAAAAAAACGCCUCUUUUUCUGCUCCUUCUUCUUUUAUAAGACUAAAUGAAACACUUUCUGCUAAAGAAUUACAAAUGUUUUCUGAAGGGGAUAAUCCAGAGGGAUAUAAGCUGUCAAAGUCACCCUCACCAGAUUUACUAUAUAAAUCCCUCCCAAGGUCUGAUGGUGAAAGAAGUUUCUUCACAGAAGAAUCCCAGAUUGAGGUAAAAGCUCUCCCAGUAGGAGGAAAUGCUUCUUUGCACAACCACAACAGUGGAAGAAAAUCUCCCUCAGUUCUGGAUAUGAUGCUGGCUUCUGUAAAUGAAAAGUCCCUACAAGAAGAGAACAACAAUCAUCUACAGUAUACAAAUGAAGUAGACUUAAAAAAUGAGCCCAUGUUACAUUCAAAAGAAAUCUUACCGGAACACAAACACCAACAAACCAAGCAGAGCAAAAUUAAUGAAAGCAAAAAGGAAGAACAUUUAGAGAAAGUUAGAUGCCCAUCAAGCAGGUCAUUAAAUUCUCUUCAAACUCUUAUGAACUCUACAAAGUUUAAUGCAUCCAAGUCCCCAAAAUCUGCUAACUCCCGCUACCUAGGAACCCUUACUGUGUUGGAUAAGUCAGUUAAGGAAGGUGGAGGUGACAUUGAAGCUGCAGAUGCAUUACGAGCUACUGUUUAUCAGAAUUGGCUACAAAAGAAAAAAACGUUUCUUCAUGAGCUUCAUAAAAUGAAGAAGUCUGAAGUAGAAGUAGAAAGGGAAAAGCACCAAAAGGAAAUUGCCAAGAAGGAGGAAGCAAAAGCAGCAUUUGAGGCAUGGAAAUCUGAGAAAUCACAGGAUAUUCGAAAACAUGUUAUGAAACUAAAAGAGGAAGAGGAAAAGAAGUUGAAAGAAAUUCAAGAUAUUGCACAAAAAAAACGCGAAUCAAAACAGGCGUUUGAAAAAUGGAAGGAACAUAAGGAUGUUCGGUUGAAAGAAAAAUCACUGACGGAAAAGCAGACUGACAAAGAAAAGAAAAAUAAAGAACAGAAAGAAAUUUCGGAAAAGAAGAAAAAUAAUAUAGCCGCCGUCAAUUCAUGGAACGAUCAAAAGAUGCACGUAUUGAAAGAAAAACGAAAAGAAAAAAAGUUUGAAAAACUAAAGGAGGAACAAAAACAAUCUGAAAAACUGGAACAAGAAAAGAAAGCACUGGAAAUGUAUGAAGAAUGGCUGGAGAGAAAGGAAAGAAGAGAAAGGAUUGAAAAUAAACACAGACGGCUUCGGAUUCUAUUAGAAGAGGACCCCCCACCUCCUUGGAGUCCUCCCGGCAAAACCAUUCCCUCAAGUAGAUGAUAAAAAAUGUGAACUCUUUUAUAUCAUAUAUUGUUAGAUCAGCCUUUCCUAACAUGAAAUUAUCAUGCAUGUUGUGCUUGUUCCUUUUGGAGUUACACGCAAGACUUUUAUAAAAUGUGAUCUUAAAUUAAUUCAACAUCAUGUCACCCAAAUUUUCUUUUAGGGUGCAAUAACUCUAUAGCAUUUCUUGCAGAGAUAUCUCCUAAAAACUGUGCUUUUGCUACUGCUUGAAUACUAUUUUGUCUCUUUGAAAUAGCUGAGUACUAUUUAAAAACUGCAUUUUAUUUGUCCUCUUAGCCUAAACACCUGCAUUUCUACAGAAAAAGGCAUUGAAGCAUAUUUCUAAAGGUUUAACUGCACUUCAGCAUACUGUGCAAUUUAUUUUCUUUAUGCCUUUCUUUAUGUGUACGUUUGCAUCAUAAAUAUUCAGCGGGUAUUCCAUAACUUCACAAGAGCAAACAGUUGGCCAACAUGAAGUGCUUUCUGCAGGUUCUCAUACACUAUUAAUUUGCCAGAAUUGUGAUAACUAUUUCUAACGAAAGGCAUAUUUCAUGGUUUCUGGUGUGACACUUAUUUAUAGAAUUAACCACUAAUUGUUUUAUUGAUUUUUUUUAUAUGAGCAAGUUUCUCUGACUUUAACAUGAAAGUGAGCCACAAAUUAUUAAACAUACUUUUGUAAA